AUGGCAACGCCAACGGGCGACAGCGCCAAUUUUAGUGGCAAAAAGCUCAACGUCCUAGUUUAUUCUGGAAAUGGAACCACUGUUGAGUCAGUCCGUCACUGCCUCUACACCCUCCGCCGCCUGCUCGCUCACCACUAUGCCGUCAUCCCGGUGACGGGUGAUAUGCUCCUUAAAGAGCCAUGGAUUACCACGUGUGCCAUGCUGGUCAUGCCCGGCGGUGCGGAUAUGGGAUACUGUCGCACACUCAACGGUGCGGGGAAUCGACGCAUCGCGCAAUUUGUCCGCAAUGGCGGGCGGUACCUGGGUCUGUGUGCUGGUGGUUACUACGGAUGCAAGAGGUGUGAGUUCGAGGUUGGUGAUAAGACAAUGGAGGUUGUUGGAGAUCGCGAAUUGGCUUUCUAUCCGGGCAUCUGUCGGGGCGGGGCAUUCCCAGGCUUCGUCUACCAUAGCGAGGCGGGGGCACGUGCUGCAAAGCUCGAAGUGGCUAAGGAUGCCUUGAACACCGGUACGGUGCCUACCAACUUCCGGUCGUACUACAAUGGCGGUGGUGUCUUCGUUGAUGCGGCGUCGCUUGUAGACAAAGGGGUGGAAGUUCUUGCAAACUAUGCUGAAAAAUUGAAUGUCGACGGGGGUGAGGGUACGGCUGCUGUUGUCUACUGCAAAGUCGGCAAUGGAGCAGCUCUCUUGACCGGACCUCAUCCUGAAUUUGCAGCCGCAAAUCUGGACCCGAAGGCGGGCGGGCCUGAAUAUGCCGAUAUGGUGGCAGCUCUCGCUACCGAUGACAAGGAACGUACGGAUUUCCUGAAGGCUUGUCUGUCUAAACUUGGACUUGAAGUCACGCAGGACACGACACCAGUGCCUUCGUUGUCGUCUUUACAUGUGUCCGGAAUCGAUGCCGAUGGUCCCAUGGAUAUCCUGUCGGGUCUUGGAGUCACCUUCACCCAAGAGGGCCAGACCGAGUAUCUCAAGGAUGAGCACGAUACGUUCCGCAUUGAACGUCCUGGAACAUGGAAUCUUGGUGAGCUAGAAGAAUCGCUCCCCGCAGGAUCCUCAGAGUCGAGCGAUGGAAUCAGCGAAGGCAUAAUCGAUUACCAGGCAAUCAUCAAGCGACUUGUGUUUCACGAUGAUUUACCCUCUUCUAAAUUGACUCCAUAUUUCAACCACCAUGCGUUCUAUUCCCACCUCCGCCAAUACCAAUCCGAGUCUAAGGGAGAGGCCACAACAUUCGGCUCCAAUCUCUUAUACGGAGAGGUAGUAACUAGUACGAACACUAUUCUUGAAAAGAACACGAAGCUGCUUCGUCAGCUGCCACAAGGAUUUACAGCUACUGCUACAGCACAGAUUGCUGGACGCGGACGCGGGUCUAAUGUUUGGGUCUCACCAGCAGGUUCUCUAAUCUUUUCAACUGUGGUACGCCACCCAAUGGACAAAAUUCAGUCGGCACCGGUUGUUUUCCUUCAGUACCUAUCAGCCAUGGCAGUAGUCAGAGGAAUCAAGAAUUACGCCAACGGCUACGAGAAGAUACCGGUCAAACUAAAAUGGCCGAACGAUAUUUAUGCACUAGAUCCAGAUGAUCCCGAACAGAAACGGUACACAAAAAUCUGCGGCAUUCUUAUCAACUCCCAUUUCAUGUCAAACGAGUACAUCUCCGUUGUCGGUAUCGGCGUCAAUGCUACCAACGCCUCUCCGACAACUGCGCUGACCACUCUCGCCGCACGCUACGCUUCACCAGGCGCUGCUACCGCUUCACCCGUCACGCUCGAGCGGCUCCUAGCUCGCAUCUUGACCACCUUUGAAUGCCUGUACACACGCUUCUUGCGCACAGGCUUCGAUCGAGGCUUUGAGGCUAUGUAUUAUGACGACUGGUUACAUAUGCACCAGAUUGUCACGCUGGAGGAGGAGGGCGGUGCUCGCGCUCGCAUUCAGGGUAUCACCCGCGAUUGGGGUCUUUUGCUGGUCGAGGAGUUGGGGUGGAAUGAUCGUCCUACAGGACGGGUGUGGCAGUUGCAGAGUGAUAGUAACAGUUUCGACUUCUUCCGUGGACUAGUGAAGCGGAAGGUGUAG